AUGGUGCAGACAGGAAUGGCUGCGCCCUACGGUGGGGGUGUCUUCCCUCCGCCGGUGAACGGCGUCGCGGGCGUCGUCGGGGCGGCUGGAGCAGCCGGUGAAGUGAAACCACCGCCUCCAGUCCCGGUCAAAGAAGAAAACACCGGCGCGCCCCAGCAACCGCCUCCCAGCGGGCCCCAGGUGCCGCAGCCGACAGGUGCUCCUCACCAAACGGCCCCCGGUGCACCGACAGCCGCCAGUUUUAGUCCGCCACCGCCACCGAACGGAGUGGACCAACAGGCCAUCUCGGAGGUGUUUCAGGCAGCAGUGGCGGCCGCGGCAGCUGCAGCUGCAGGAGGCGGUGGUCAGCAACCAGCACCGACACCCGCUGGCAACGAGACCAGCCCCGAGGGUACCGUCGAGGGCAGCACCAUGGUACCUGUCACUUCCGGUGCAACGACACCUGCAACAGCGACACAAGGCACCGACCUGAAAAGUCAACCAAAACGCCUUCACGUCAGCAACAUACCUUUCCGUUUCCGGGACCCUGAUCUCAGGGCAAUGUUUGGGCAAUUCGGGCCAAUCCUCGACGUGGAAAUCAUAUUUAACGAAAGGGGAAGCAAGGCGAUGAGAUACCCCAGUGGCGAGGACGUCACGAUGCCGUAA